AUGGAGGCCGCGGUAUCCUCUUGCGGGCGUUUGGAGAGUAAGGGCCAGGUCUGGGGAGCCGCCGAGAACCUGUGCAGCCGGUGUGGAAGAAGGUCGUCCGGAGCUCCGGGUCACCACCAUGAACUUCAAUAUGGACGUGCUUUUUGUGAACUGUGCUUGUUAAUAACUGAAGAAUACAGCACAAUUACAUGCCCUGAUUGUGAGGUUGUUUCAACUAUAAAUACAAAACAAGAAUACUGCCCAAUAGAUGGAUGUAUUAAAGAAGAUUCUUCUAUGGAAAAACUUCAGCCUAAAAAGAUGAAGAAUUGUUCUCAGGACUUUAAAAAGACUGCUGAUCUACUAACUGUUGGUUUAGAACAUUCAGCCUCCACACACGGGACUGUUUUGAACCCAUCAACUGUAAUAGAGGAGACUGAAACUGUGGAAGAAAUUGAUGAAGCAUUGAAGGUGGCAGGGAAAAAUUUUGAACAAUUAAGUAUUGCUGUAAAAGUGCUCGAACACAUAUACAAUCAAACAAAAGAGGAGACAGUCAGUCUUAUAGAGGUUUUGGAGAAACAGUUUGAUCAGCUUUUCACUUCUCUUGAUUCCAGGAAAAAGAACCUGUGUGAAGAGGUAGUAAGAAAUACGGAUGAUUACUUAUCAAAUAUAAUAACGGCUAAAAGAUACAUUGAAGUGAAAAAAAAUGAUUUGGAUGCAGCUAUGAAGAUAGCAAGAGAAUUAAAAUCCACACCUUCUCUAAGAAUAUACUGUGACCUCAAUCAGAUUAUCUGGACUUUGAAAUUAACAUUUGAGAGUGAAUUGUCACAAGUCAGCUCUCUAAAACUAAGGAACUCUCCCAAGUUGAAUAUGAAUUGCAGUGAGAUCAUCUGUAUGUUCAACAGUAUGGGAAAGAUUGAAUUUGAGGAUUCAACAAAAUGUGAUCCUCAAGAAAGUGAAAUGGGACAGAAUGUUCAAAAGAAAUAUAAUCAUAAAAAGGAAUUUUCUUGUAGUGGUACAUACCCAUCACUAGAAAAGAAAAAGGUUGACGUUUCUAUCCAAACUAGUGAAGCCCCCCCACCAACUCCUUUGCAACGGGAAAGCAGUGAUACGCACUUAGAAGCAAAACACUUCCCGCCACAGAGCGAGGUUGUUGCAGUAACCCCCUGUGAAACCCUUGCUGCUCUGCCUCAGGCGGGACCGAGCCCUGAUGUGAUCAUCGAAGAAGUCAUCGAAGAAGACCUGGAAAGUUCUCCAGAGCUAGUUUUUGUAAGCCACGUAGUACAUCCUUGCCACUUCUACGUUCGGAAGUAUUCACAAGUAAAAGAUGCAACAGUAUUGGAAAAGAAGGUGAAUCAGUUUUGCAGUAAGAGUGUGUACCUUGAUCCUUCAGACGUUUUGGAGCUAGGUGCAAGAAUAUUUGUCAACAGUAUUGAAAAUGGAAUGUGGUGUCGAGGAACUAUUACUGAAUUAAUUCCAAUAGGAAGUGAAAGUAUUAGAAAACCUUGUAUUCAAACCAAAUUCUCAGUCCACAAAGUUGCACUAAUACAAAUAUUCAUGGUAGAUUUUGGAAAUUCUGAAGUCCUAAUUGUUGCAGGAGUUGGUGAUACUUAUGUGAGAUCAGAACACAUUGCUAAGCAGCAUGUUGCACUAAAUGACUUGUGUCUGGCUCUGAGGAAGUCUGAGCCAUAUAUUGAAGGGCUGCUGAAAGACAUCCAGCCAUUAGCACAGCCAUGCUCAUUGAAAGACAUUGUUCCACAGAAUUCAACUGAAGGCUGGGGAGAAGAAGCUAAAAUAGAAUUUUUGAAAAUGGUAAAUAAGAAGGCUGUUUUGAUGAAAGUUUUUAAAGAAGAAGAUGGCGUGCUAAUUGUAGAUCUGCAGAAGCCACCAGCAAAUAAAAUAAGCAGUGAUAUGCCUGUGUCUCUUAGAGAUGCAUUAGUUUUUAUGGAACUAGCAAGGUUUAGGUCUCAGUUGCCAAGAAGUCACUCUGAAAAAAAUACGACUUUACACUAUCAUCCACCUCUUUUGCCUAAGGAAAUGACAGAUGUUGCAGUUACGGUUUGUCAUAUAAAUAGUCCUACUGAUUUCUAUCUUCAGUUGAUAGAGAGCCUGGAUUUUUUAUUUCUAUUAAAGGCAAUUGAGGAAUUCUAUAAAAAUGAAGAUGCAGAAAAUCUGGAAAUCCUCUGUCCAGUUCAAGAUCAAGCCUGUGUAGCUAAAUUUGAAGAUGGAGCUUGGUACCGAGCAAAAGUUAUCGGAUUGCCUGGACAUCGUGAAGUUGAAGUUAAAUAUGUGGAUUUUGGCAAUACAGCAAAAAUAACACUUAGAGAAAUGCGUAAAAUAAAGGAUGAGUUUCUGAAUCCUGCAGAGAAGGCAAUUAAAUGUAAGCUGGCCUAUAUUGAACCAUGUAAAGGGACACUGCAGUGGUCAAAAGAAGCUACAGAAAAAUUUCAAGAAAAGACUCAAGAUAAGUUUAUGACAUGUUCAGUCAUUAGAAUUCUGGAAGACAAUGUGCUCUUAGUUGAGCUUUUCGAUUUUCUUGGUGCUCCUGAAAUGACUCCUACCAGUGUUAAUGACCAGCUAGUUAAAGAGGGCCUAGCAUCUUAUGAAGUAGGAUAUACCCUCAAAGAUAAUUCCAAAAAGCAUACUGAAGUAUGGGAUCCUUCUCCAGAAGAAAUUAUUUCGAAUGAAGUAAACAACUUAAAUCCUGUAUUUGCAAAAUCGCUACCUAAUGAGGAUCUGCAAUCACUUUAUUAUAAGGAACUGCCUGUGUACAUCUACAAUGUAGUGUCUCCUGAGAAGAUUUAUGUUCAGUGGUUAUUAACAGAAAACUUACUUCAUAGCUUAGGAGAAAAGAUGGUCUCUGCUUAUGAAAACUCAAAAUGGGAACCUGUUAAGUGGAAGAGCAAUAUGCACUGUGCUGUUAAGAUCCCAAAUGAAAAUCAGUGGCAAAGGGGCCAGAUCAUCAGAAUGGUUACAGACACAUCGGUGGAGGUCUUGCUGUAUGACGUGGGUGUUGAACUAGUCGUGGAUGUUAACUGUUUAAGAGAACUUCAGGAAAACCUAAAGACCGUGGGAAGAUUAUCUUUGGAAUGCUCUCUUGUUGAUAUAAGACCAGCUGGUGGGAAUGACAAAUGGACAGCGACAGCCUGUGACUGUCUCUCACUGUACCUCACUGGAGCCGUAGCAACCAUCGUCAUACAGGAAAACGACACAACAUGGCCAUUACCUGUGAAAAUUUUCUGCAGAGAUAAAGAAGGAGAGUGUGUUGAUGUCUCCAAAUAUUUGAUUAAAAGGGGUUUGGCUUUGAGAGAAACGAGAACUAAUAAAUUAUAUAACAGCCAUUCAUUAUCCCAGAAGUCUCUGGAAAUCCCACUGGUACAAGGAGAGUCAGUGGUUACUAAGUGUAUUAAAAUUAACUCUGACCCUGACAAAAAAGCUGCUGAUAUUCUCAGUGAACACGAGGUGUCUGAAUUUAAGGAGAAAAUUCUAGAACCAAGAACCACUGGAUGCUAUAAACCACCAGCUAUUCCUAACCAGAAAGUAUUUGAGGCAGUAGUCAGCUGCAUUGGUGACGAUGGAACUAUAUUUGUGGUACCUAAAUUAUCAGAAUUUGAACUAAUAAAAAUGAUGAAUGAAAUUCAGAGUAAUUUAAAAUGCCUUGGUCUUUUGGAGCCUUAUUUCUGGAGAAAGGGAGAAGCUUGUGCAGUAAGGGGAUCAGAUACCUUGUGGUAUCGAGGCAAAGUAAUGGAAGUCAUUGGCGGCACUAUCAGGGUACAAUAUUUAGAUCACGGAUUCACUGAGAAGAUUCCACAGUGUCAUCUUUACCCUAUUUUGCUGUAUCCUGAUACACCCCAACUUUGUAUUCCUUGUCAGCUCUAUAAUACCAUACCUGUCGGGAAUGUCUGGCAACCAGAUGCAGUGGAACUCCUUCAGGAACUGCUUUCAAAGAGAGAGGUGGAAGUUCACAUUAUGGAAUUACCAGAAAAUCCAUGGGAGAAAUUAUCUGUUCAUCUCUAUUUUGAUGGAAUGUCACUUUCUUAUUUUAUGGCACACCAUAAGUAUUGUACUUUUGAACAUUCUGAGGAAAUAUUGAAGGAAAAACCAACAGAUUACAAUAAAAAGUAUGAUGAAGAGAGAUGGGAAAUAAGGUUUGAGGAAUUGCUCUCGCCUGAAACAGAGACUCCUAUUUUACCGCCAUAUUUGUCUUCACCUCUUCCUCCCCCUGGAGAGCGCUACGCUGUUCAAGUUAAGCACGUUGUCUCACCCAGCGAAGUGUAUAUUUGCCUUGACUCUGUAGAAAACUGUAAUCUGGUUAAGCAGCAUGACGACACAGUUGACAGUGGAGUCAGCUGGGAACCUGAGCCUGAGAGCCUUGAGGAAGCUCUAGGGAGGUUCAAUGUGGAUGUGGAGACAUUCCCUCCUCUGACGGACUUCAGAACAGAAAUGCCUUGCCUUGCAGAAUAUGAUGAUGGCAUAUGGUACAGAGCAAAGAUUGUUUCCAUUAAAGAAUUUAAUCCUCUGGCUGUCCUGGUACAAUUUGUUGAUUAUGGAUCAACUGAAAAGCUGACAAUAAACAGACUUUGUCAAAUUCCUCCUCAUCUUAUGCAGUAUCCAGCCCAAGCCAUAAAGGUUCUCUUGGGAGGGUUUAAACCUCCCUUAAGAGAUGUAGGAAAGGCAAGAAUACCGUACUGUCCCAAGUGGAGCAUGGAAGCAUUGUGGGCUAUGAUAGACUGUCUGCAAGGAAAACAACUUUAUGCUUCUUCCGUGGCUCAGGUACCAGAACAAAUAGUGACAUUAUAUGAAGAUGAACGGUAUCCAGUUCAUAUGUCAUUAGUAGAAAUGGGGCUUGCAGACCAAGAUGAGUGAUGUGUAAGU